GCGGCAUGUGAGCUGGAACAAUACCCAUUGCCAGUAAUCAAUGACAUGUUCGCGUCCUUAAACGACGGCAAGCAUUUCAGUACACUAGAUCUAAGGGAUGCAUAUAACCAAGUUCCGCUUGAUGACGAAUCGCGCCAGAUGUGCGUAAUUAACACGCACAAAGGUCUUUUCUGCUACAACAGAUUACCUUUCGGCAUUGCCUCUGCGCCAGCCAUUUUUCAACGUAGGAUGGAAACUGUUCUGCAAGGCUUAUCCGGCGCGCAAGCUUAUCUGGACGAUGUCUUGGUGUCCGAAAAAGCAGGAAGGGACGACGUGCUCAAAGUCGUUCUGCAACGGUUCCGGGAGAGUGGUGUUAAACUACGCCUUGACAAAUGCAAAUUUCGGCAGGCGUCUGUUACCUAUCUUGGCCAUCGAAUCGAUCAGCAAGGGCUGCACCCAAUAGAAGAAAAUAUCGAAGCAAUCGUUGAUGCUCCCAGCCCGAAAAAUGUAGCCGAGCUUCGUUCGUUUCUUGGCAUGAUCAGUUUCUACUCAAGUUUUUGCCGAACCUAUCGUCUCUGCUCGUUCCAUUGUAUCGGCUACUGGAAAAAAAAGAGACGUUGGGACUGGACAGAACAACAACAAACCGCGUUUGACAAAGCAAAACAGUGUUUGCUGCAAGCACGGGUAUUAGUGCACUACGACCAUUCACAGCCGCUGAAACUAGAGUGCGAUGCAUCGCAAAGAGGCAUCGGCGCAGUGCUUUUUCACACAAAAGGGAACAGGAACGAGCCUAUCGGGUUCCGUUCGAGAACAUUGUCGAAAGCAGAACAAAAUUAUUCACAACUUGAACGAGAAGCGUUAGCCCUGGUAUUUGGAGUAAUGAAGUUCGGUGAUUAUCUUCUAGGCCGAGAGUUCAUCCUCGUCACAGACCACCAGCCACUCCUGGGCCUGCUGAGAUCGGAUCGGCCAACUCCACCGCUGGCAGCUGCUCGUAUACAGCGCUGGGCGCUGUAUUUGGGCGGAAUCCGCUACAAGCUGCAGUAUUAUCCAGGCAAGCAGCUCCUGAACGCGGACGCCCUCAGUAGGCUGCCACGAGAAACUUCGGAGCCAACCGCGGACGGCGAGCCACCCGAGUACGUUCUGGCCCUCGCAUCCGUACAGGAAAGCGCAGUCUCGACAGCGGAAUUGCAGGCGCUAACCGCCAGCGACCCUGUACUGGCCAAGGUUGUGCAGUACACAAGGAAUGGAUGGCCUACAAGCGCUAAAACACUUGAACGAAGAUUACUCCCUUUUUUCGACCGCCGACUCGAGCUUUCGCUGGCCCACCGGUUGCUCUAUUGGGGCCGUAGGGUUGUCAUUCCAGACAGCGCGCAGCAUAGAAUGUUGCACAUGCUGCACGAAACUCAUCAAGGAUCAUCGGCGAUGAAGGCAAUCGCUCGGUCGGCUUUCUGGUGGCCUGGAAUGGACAACGACAUCGAACAAGUGUCAGCGAGGUGCACAAGCUGUAUUCAAAAUCGACCCAUGCCGGCAUCUGCCCCGCCAGUUAGCUGGCCGACAUGCCAGGAAAGCUGGUCGAGAGUACAUGCAGAUUUCGCGGGGCCAAUAAAUGGAAGAAUGUCCUUGUUCUUGUAGAUGCUCACAGCAAAUGGAUCGAGGCCGUACCAAUGAAGCAGGCGACCACAUCUUCGACUAUCACUUGCCUGCGCAGCUUGUUCAGCAGGUUCGGCAUUCCGCGCACCCUUGUUUCAGAUAAUGGAACGCAGUUCACUAGUCAAGAGUUUGCCGAUUUCAUGAAUAAGAACAACGUAACUCACCUGCGCACGGCUGCGUUUCAUCCCCAGUCGAAUGGCCUUGCAGAGAGAGCUGUUCGAACCGUGAAAGAUGGGCUGAAGAAGAUUAACCAGGGCCGAUUAGAAGAUUGCCUUUGCAGACUACUCUUCAAUUACCGGAGAACACCCCUCGCAUCGGGCAAUUCUCCUUCGGAGCUUCUGCUGGGAUACCAAAUUCGGUCUCGUCUGGACACGUGCUUUCCUCCCUUGAUUGCAGGAAGAUCAGGUGAAUCAGAUGAGUGGACCCUGGCACCGGACGCGAAUGUUUACAUCCGCAACUUUGGCAAGGGUGAAAAGUGGAAGACCGGCACGGUACAGUCGGCCGACGGAGCGAGGAUGGUGACAGUCGAGACGCCAGAAGGCCUUGUUCGGAGACAUGUGGAUCAAGUUCACACAAGGAGAGACUCGGUUGAACCCCAACGUGACAGGGAAGGGGAGAGUAUGCCUAAUUCGAGAACUACGCAAGAAACUUCCGGAUCAGGACCAAGCGUGAAGGCGGAACUCCGUGAGCCACCACACCAGCUGCAGUCAUCAGCCCCAACCCAAGACCAGGAAAAGCAGAAGAACAGGGAACCUACAGUGACCACACAACUCCGGCGCUCAACACGACAGCGGAAACCUGUGCAGCGUCUCCAGUAUUAUUGAUGGAGAAGUGUUGUAACUGAAGUGUAACACUUAUCAGUUCUUGGCUCAGUUAUAGCCAAAGCUUCUAUCUCUUGUUUCACUUACCUUGUUUCCCUUUCCCUCUUUACUUUGUCUUUAUAUUUGCAACGUACACUGAAAAGAAACGCCCAUUCUACGAGCUUGUCAGCUUGUGUCUACUUCGCUUGCGCCAACGCGCAGGGAUCGACAAAACGAUGUAACAAAGUGUCAGACGUGACUUAACAGAAAUAUUUCUCUGUAGUGGGACUAGGACCGUACACAACUAAACCUCGUCGCGUAACCUAUAAACGACAGUCCCGAAGUUAUACACCUAACCACAACGCGCAAGUGCAUGAGAGCCUUUUUUUUUUAACCAACGAGCCGCUAAAAGGCUAUAUUCACAUGAGAUUUAAUACUUCUCAUCUUCAGGACAACGUCGAGUGCACUUUGCAAUGAGCUUGAACCACAGAGCGGCACCUACACUGAUAUGACUCUCGUGAACGGACGGUACGACGACCACACACAGCACU